AUGAAAAAGCUUAAGCAGGCGGCAGAAACAGAGGAGACUCUGUCCACAGCCAUGGCGGACGAUAGAAUAUCCAAUUUGCCAAUACAUACACUUCACCGUAUUCUCUGUUCCCUCUCCCAAAAAGAAGCUGUGAGAACAUGUCUACUCUCCAAACAAUGGCGCUACAUAGUAUCAACCCGUCCCGACCUCGAAUUUUUUGAAUAUUGGUUCGACAACACACAACAAAACUUUGUCUCGGUAGUCAGCCGAACCCUACAAGGAUACCUUGAUCAAAACCUCUCCGUACACAAACUCCAUCUCGACUUAUCAAGGCCGAUGGUCUCCCUUCUCGACAAAUGGAUGUGGAUAAUAGCCGCCCUCGGCAUAAAAGCGUUCAAACUAGACAUUUUUUCUUCUACUUCGGUGUAUUACGACCUGCCCUCGGCAGUCUUCUUAUCCGACUCCCUCCAAGAACUACACUUGUGCAAUUGCAGGUUGAGCCCAGUCGAGAGCGUGCGGUUCAACAGUCUGCACAUGCUCACCCUCGAAGAAGUCCAAGUUGAUGGCAGGACUUUUGAGACAAAAACAUUGAGAUGCCCUUUGCUCAGGCGCCUGGUCAUUAAAAGGUGUUGGGAGUUGAGAAACGUUUGGUUGAGCGAGGCGCCUGGGCUCAAGCACUUUGAAUUGUUUGAUUCCGAGAGGAUGGAAGGGCGUACCAUCGAAAUUGAUGUCCCGAAUCUCGAGACGGUCAGCAUCAGGGGCCCAUGGAUUUGGUCUCACCAACAAAGCACAUUCUUGUUUUCUCGUCUCACGAGUUUGCAUCUCUGUAAUGUGAUCCUGUCGAGUGAGUCAAUCGACAUGUUAUCGUUCGGCUUCCCGACUCUUGAGAGCUUGGCUCUAGAUAAUUGCUCCGGUUUCGAGGGAUUACAUCUUGCAAAUGAUUCGGUCAAGCGGUUGAGCAUCGCGACAAGCAAAAUAUUGCUUAAAGGAGUUACGAUUUGUGCCCCUAACAUUGUCAUUUUUGGUUUCACUGCCGGUAUUCCCCAUGCGCCGGACACAUUCUCUUUCACGACAACUACUUCCAAGGAGUGGUACUCACAAGUAUUCCUCUCUUCGAGUGCGGAAGGUCCCGAUUUCGACGCCAAUUUGUGGUUCCUUAAGCUGAGACGAAUGCUCAAGACACUAAAGCUGCCCAUCGAAAGUGUUCACAUGCAAUUGCUCCCGAGGCUCUGGUUUGCAAGCAACACACAUGUUGAACUGAGACUCUGA